GUUACGUCCCUUGAAUGGCGCCAAAGCGGUUUUGAAAGACCACCCGAUUUAUAACCAAAGUAAACGUAUCACAACGAUUCAAGAGGCGCAUUGACGGUCUUACACAACAAGAGUACUCAUGUAAGCAAAGUCCCCACAAUGGUUUUACGACAUAUAUCAGUGCAGUCUCUAGCACAGUAUGGAUGUCAGUGAUGUCGGCGUGGAGGCGAUCCAGGAAGAGGUAGUUGUGGCUGACGAUGACCUGGAUGAUGGUUCUAUAGUUGUGUUGCCAGGACUGCGGGUGGCGCUGUCACCCAACAUUAUUGAACUCAGUGACUCAUUGAGCGGAGAAUCUGGCGAUGACAUAUUUGUGACAGAUUCAGAUGAAGGGGACAUUGUGCAAGACUCUGAUUCAGAGAGUAAUGAAGUGGACGUGGAGAAUUCAGCCCCGCCAUCGCCACGACAACCAACAGCAAUGGAUCCACCAUUACCUCAACUCCAACCAUCACCACAGCAACCAACAGCAAGUGAACCACCUCUACCUCUGCUGCCCCUACAGACAUCACCGACACCUGGAACUGCCAGGGAAGAAGGGACACAUGACCCACCUACUGGUGGAGGGGAGGUAACUGUGGCUGAUCCUCCAUUACCGCCACCAGAUGUCCCCACAACCCCUGUUGUUCCAGCGAGUUCUGCCAGGACACAGUCAUUACUAAAUGCAUCAUUGGCGGAAUUCCGAUCACCAAAGCGUCGGAAAAGGAGCUCUCCAGAAAAGUCGGCACCAACAAAUGUAGAAUCAGAUGAUGAUAGUGAUUGCUGUCCAAUCUGCUUUGAGCCCUGGACAACAUCUGGUAGCCAUAGACUGGCCUCUCUCCGAUGUGGUCAUUUGUUUGGUCAAAGCUGCAUCGACAAGUGGCUCAAGGGUCAGGGAGGAAAGUGCCCGCAGUGCAACGCCAAGGCCAAGAGACAGGACAUCCGAGUCCUCUACACAAAGUCUAUCAAGGCAGUGGACACCACAGAGAGAGAUCGGGCGCUUGCUGACCUGGAAAAGGAAAAAGAACAUCGGCGGAAGGCAGAGCUAGAAGCUGCACACUCCCGCCUUCAGUAUCAGCUCUGUAUAGAGGAGUGUAAUCGCUUCAGACAGGAGCUGAAUACAGCUCGCACACAACUCCAGCAGUUGAGGUCUCAAUUGAGCAGUGGUCAGCGUCUCUCCCAGACUUUGACACCAGAUGGCGCUACACAGACGACAGUCAACACAUCAGGGAAGAGGUUCGUCAUGGACAGAACAGUGAAGAUAUGGGAGGCUGGCCAGUGUCGGGUGUUGGCGUAUAGCUCCUCGUUGGGUGCCCUCAUUGUGUCUCAGCCCUCCUCAAGUACGCUCUUCCCUGGGUUUGGUAUUAAAAAAUUGAGUGCUAUGGACUUCAAGACAUCCCAGUACAUGACUAUCCACAGCAAGGCUAUCCGGGAUAUCUGCUUCCAUCCCACAUAUGACAAUGGAAUUCUGCUGAGCUGUGGUCUGGAUAAGACUGCCAAGAUGACCAGCAUCGUGAGCAACACUGUUGUACAAACGUACCACACCCAAGUGCCAGUGUGGAGCUGUAUGUGGAACAUUGACGACCCCAACUACUUCUAUACAGGUCUGAUGAACGGCUCUGUGCUGGAGUUCGACAUCCGCAACACACAGACCCAUGUCCAACAGCUCAACACAGGGGGCAGCAAGUCACCUGUCGUGGCCAUGCAGUACGUACCCCGGGACCACACUGCACUGUUCAGACCAGGAGGUCUGGUCGUGGGACAGCUGGACAGAACAAGUUUCUUUGAGAACAAGGGAGCAGAACAGCCCCGGUUGAACUUCCUGCCUCUAGAAGGAAGUUUAACAAGCUUAAGUUUUGAUAACCACACCCGCCAUCUGUUAGCCAGCUUCCGACCUACAGCUAAACACUCCAUGGUCAGGCACCAGCUGUGUGAGAUGUCGUGCAGCAACCUCAGCACAGACCCUGACGUCACAGACAACCUGUGCUCGUGUGACCUGGUGCACUCCUUCCAGGGAGGCAGGACACAGUCAGUGUUGUCCAAGUCUGCUCUCGUCCCCAACCCGAGUGACCCCAACAAAUUGCUUGUAUGUGCUGGUGAUGAGACGUCUAAUGCUAUACAUGUAUGGGACUGCAGUAGUGGUCAGCAGUUUCAGAGGAUUGCAGCAGGUGCCUUCGUGGUGGAUCUCACAACGUUUGCUGUCAACAGUCAACACUUCCUGGUUGCAUUAACUGAGAAGAUGCUCAAAGUUCACAAGUGGUGCUAGUUAAAACUGUCGUGACGAGGAGCAACUCAUGUCGUUCCCAAGAGCAAACUAAGGGCAUUAUGAAGUCAUCAAGCUGUUUGUUCUAUAACAGACAUGUACCUGUGGCUUUACAUUUGGUUGUUUUACAUUGUCAGCUGCAAUAGCAUGCUUCCCUACUGUAAGGGGACACUACUGACUAAUAAGCUAUACAAUGCAAACAGCUCUUUCAGUUUGUCUGGAGAGUAGUUACAAAUUUGUGGCAAAACAUUUAAAACAAUAUUUAAGGAUGUUUUAGAGGUAAAUACCUAAAAAAAUUGCCUCGAAAUAAAAACCUUUCAACAACCUGCAAACAAAAUGAUGUUUUUGAACAGCAUGUUUUGAACCUGUCUUUUUAAAAUUUUAACCUUAUCAUUUUUACAAAGUAGAAAAAUUUAAUAAUUGCACAACCCACACAACCACAUGACCCACACAACCACAUGACCCACACAACCACCUGACCCACACAAACACCUGACCCACACAGCCACCUGACCCACACAGCCACCUGACCCACACAACAACGUGACCCACACAACCACCUGACCCACACAACCACUUACUUGACCCACACAACCACAUGACCCACACAACCACUUACACACCACCCACAACCACAUGACCCACACAACCACUUACACACCACCCACAACCACAUGACCCACACAACCACUUACAUGACCCACACAACCACUUACAUGACCCACACAACCACUUACACACCACCCACAACCACAUGACCCCCACAACCACUUACAUGACCCACAAAACCACAUGACCCACACAACCACUUACAUGACCCACACAAACAUGACCCAGACAACCACUUACAUGACCCACAAAACCACAUGACCCACACAACCACUUACAUGACCCACACAAACAUUACCCACACAACCACUUACACACCACCCACAACCACAUGACCAACACAACCACUUACAUUACCCACACAACCACAUGACCCACGCAACCACUUACAUGACCCACACAACCACAUGACCCAGACAACCACUUACAUGACCCACACAACCACUUACACACCACCCACAACCACAUGACCCACACAACCACACAUGACCCACACAACCACACACAUACCACCCACAAGUACAUUACCUUCACACCCGCACAACACCACACACAACCACUCACACAACACCCACAACCACAUGACCCAAACAACUACCCACAAUCACAGUCACACUCAUGCUGACAUAUUCUCACACAAUACCACAUGCCCCAACAGAGCAAGCAGUUGUUUAAUAAUUGUUCAGACAUUUGGAAUCUGAAGGCAGAACUUGUUAUUGUGUGUACUUAAUAGACUCUUAACAGGACACAUCCUUCCAGAAAUCAGGUAUAUAUUCUAACAUAGCUUUUAUACUUUCAUACCGUUCCAGGCAACAUGUACCAUUCUUUGAAAUGAAAAUUACCGGUAACACAAAAGAAUCUACAGUUGUUUCCCGUUACCAAAAUCCAUGUAUGGGUAGGUUUACUAUGUCCCAUGAACCUGAAGUUUCCAGUGUAAUUUAGAUAUAUAUCAUUAUAUAUUGUAUUUUGGUCGGGAGUACAGCACUUUGGCAACAAACUCAAGUCACACUUUACACUUCCGAUUCCUUGGUCUUUUCUACUUUUAGUGCCAUGUCUUCAUUACAAUCUGUGUUCAUAUGUCAGAUAUGUCAACCCACAACCAUACAUUAGCCUUCAUUUCUUUGAUUAAUUCUUUGGGGAUCUGAUUUUUUUCACGAUAAUUUGAUUAAAUUUAAAAUCACAAACAUAAGACAGCUCAACAGUGAUGGCUAUGUUGAUGUAGAUUUGCAUGAUUAUCGGUACAACUAAAACAUGCAACCCUAGUGUUACUGGAGGUGAUCCGAGCUCCAAAGGCUGUGAGUUCGCUUAAAAUAUGCAAAAUAAAUCACCAUUACCAAAUUAAAUUUAAGUUGCUUACGUACAAAUACCCAUGAAAUGGUUUUUUAAACCAAUAGUAUAACAACACUAGCCAAUGUAGGCUGAUUCUUAUCAAAUGCAUGCAUCGCCUACAUAUAACUACUGCAGUGAAUAAUUAACAAUAGUGCUACGUCUCGCUUUUUGGAACUGACACGUGUGCUGUUGUGAAGUUUUGCCACAUCUAACACAUUUGGUAGCAGCAAAUAUUGAGAAUUUCUUUGAUAGGCAUUUAGAAGUUGGAGUACUAAGUAAGGAUAAGAAUCUAUGGAUGAACAACUUCCUUAUUACAAUUAAGAGCGAUGUUUCGGUGUAGGUUCUAACACCGUUAUCAAGCAUCUAUCAAGUUGGAAGCAUCACAUGCUUGAUAACAGUGUUAGAACCUACACCGAAACAUCGCUCUUAAUCGUAAUAAAGAAGUUGUUCAUCUAUAGAUUCUUAUCUUACUAAAUAUAGAGAAGGAAGUAAGAAGUUCCUUAAACAGCCUUUUAAGCAGAAUUAAUUAAUAAACUGUCUACUAACUGGUUUAUAAAUAGCCAGUAUUAUAGACUGGAUACAAAGGUGUAAAAUGUAUUGAAUACCCAAAGAAAACUAUAAAAUA